AUGCCUCUGAGCCCGAGCGCCUGGACGCUCUGCGCAGGCCCCAGCGAUGCCUCUGAGCCCGAGCGCCUGGACGCUCUGCUGGGCGGCAAUUCCAAGAAGGGCGAGAACGCGGACGUGGGCUACGAUCCUGCCGCCACCCUCGGAGGUGGGCCCCAGGGCCGCGACGUCCCGAGCGCGAGCCGCCGCGAGAGAGCGGCGCGGGACGAGGGCCGCCGCGCCAUCGGCGGCAGAGAGCGCGGCGCGGCCAGCGCCGCGCAGUUCGCGGGGAGCGUGCCGAGGGCGCAGGGCGACGCGGAGCAGGUCGCGCUGGUCGAGAGGCCCAGGGGUGCCGAACGUGAGUUUUUGGCGGCCGCGCCCCCGAGGACAGGAGGGCCCCCCAUGCUCGCCGCCGACAAGCUGCUGCUGACGAGCACGAUCCGCAAGAACGCCACCGAACUCAAGGGCAAGGAGCUCUCGCUGCACAAGACAAACUUCGAUGCCGUGGGCACGCAGGCCGCUGUGCUGGCGGGCUUCGCGGUGGGGAUGCUGGUGGAGUUCGAGGUCCCCGAGAACACCCACGCUGUUCUCUCGGGCGGCUUCUACAUUUUUGCCGUGUUCACCCUCGUGGCCAACCUGCGCUGUGUGGCCAUGACCACCUGCAUCACCGUCAUGGGCACGGGCCUGGCCCUGCGGGGCCCCGAGGGGUCCAUGGUCCGGGCCGUGGAGGGCAUGUACAAGCAGCGCUUCACGGUCUUCCUGACCUUCGGCCUCGGCAUCAGCUCCUGCCUGGUCUCUUCGUUUUUCCUGUGCUGGAUCAAGAUGCGGACCGUGGCGGCCAGCUGCUGCUCGGUGCUCAUCCUUUGGGCGAUGUUCUCGCUGGUCAGGCUGACGUUCAAUUACCGAAGGUUCUUCAGAUUUGCCGAGGAAGAGUCGGUGUCCCUGGACGACCUGCUGGGUUCGUCCGCAGUCAACAACGAGGCGCUGGUGCGGCAGUUGGGCGUCAACAGCGAGCAGCUGCUCAGACUGGUGAGCAGCGCGGUCCCCAGCGGCAGGAGAAACGGGCACACGGAGGACACUCAGGUGUGA